AUGCCCCGCCCCCGCCCCCCCAAUCCUCGAACACGGGGGCAGCAAACCAAGCCGAAUCAAGACACAGAAGCAAAAGCAAAAAUAGAUACAAAGAUUGAAUAUCAAGAACAGGAAAAACUACGGAGAAAAAAACCAAGAUAA